AUGGCUAGGAGCCAAAAGCAGGAGAUUGAGCAGCUGCAACUCCAGGGCUCUGGGAAAGUUAACGUGGAGGUGGACAGCACAGGCUCUACCAACCUGAUGGAGGUUCUGGAGGAGAUGAGGCACUGGUAUGAAACCGUGAUGAAAAACAACAAGCUGGAGGUCGAGAAGUGGUUCCAGUCCAAGAUGGAAACCCUCCAAGAACAAAUCAUCACCUGCACGACAGAGGUGAAGACAUAUCAUUCUGAGAUUUCAGAGCUGAAGAGGACCUACCAGUCUCUGGAGAUAAGCCACCAGUCUCUGCAUGCCGAGAUUCAGUGCCUGCAGCAGAACGUCUCUGAAGUGAACAGCCAGUACUCUGUUCAGCUCAGUCAGUAUCAGUCGAUCAUCACCACCCUGGAGACGGACCUGCAGAACAUGAAGGCGUCCCUGGAGCAGCUGCAGAUCAAGUACACCGUGCUGCUGGAGCUCAAGCCCAGGCUGGAGAGCGGGAUCGCUGAGUACAGGAGGCUGCUGGGAGGAGAGGCAUAUGAACAAAAGAAGGCUGUGAUCAUCAAGCAAGUGACAGAGGAAGUUGAAGAGCAAAAACCCCACAUAGAACAGAGAGUAAGGACCAUCGUGGAGCAACUUGUUAAUGGCAAAGUUGUGUCUUCCUCUGUUGACACUCAAGUGCAAACCAUUCAGUAAUCUAUCUGCCUCCACUAAAACCUGUUAAGUUAGUAAUUUACCUGUACUUUGUAGUUUUCCAGAUGUUCUUUAGAUUUUUUCAUUUGACUUGAAAUAUCUAAGAAACUUGAUUUAUGUGCUUGUCUUUAUGUAGGCUCUGCUUUGACCUAAAACUUAAAUAAAUUUUUUUUCAAAUGUGCAUACUUUUGAUCAUAGUUAUAAUUCAUGCUCCCCUGUAAGUUAACCAUAGUCAUCAAAGACGAAAAAUAGCGUUAAACUGUACAGGUUUCAUAAACUCAAAGUAAAUAUCUUAGGUGUCCUUCCUGUAGAUCCUGACAAAGUUCUGACCACCAGGUGUCUCUGUUGUCUCUCUGUGAACAUAGGCACAGCUUCUGAUUGCACAACCUUAAUUUGCUAAAUUGGAAACAGAUUUUACUGCAAACUAGACCUUUCCAGAUAUGACUAGUUUGAUUUACUGGCAGUAAGUUAAUUAUCUGUUGAAUACAUAAAACUGAAGCUUAUUACCGGUGGCAUUUUAAAAGCCUUGGAGGAAAAGGAGCCAACGCUGGAAGUGAUUUGGCACAGAAACACGCAGAGGAAAAUUCUGCUAAGUACAUAAAUUAUAUAAGGUUAAUAGUGCUCUAAGAUGUAAAAUCUAGCUGGGCAUUUUGGAGACAUCAAGGAUUUCUUUGUCAGAGUGGAGUUGAAUCAAGCAAAGCUUUAGGAUUAGUGGAGCGAUUCACUUGGUAAACGUGACUCAGCCUUUAGGGACUGCCUUCCCUUCACUGCUUUUGUGUUGCUGCAUUCUUCAACAUGCUGAAGUCGUUUAGAUUCAGUGCUGUCAUCUGUAAUCCUCUGUCAAAAGAAUUUCGACACUGUUUCACCUGCUGUGAAAAUUUAAGGCAACAAAGGUGAAGCUUUUUCACCAAGACAUCUCAGAUGUUAAACCACCAGUGUUGAAGCAGUACAACUCAUCUUUAUUAUACUUGCAGAAAAUUAUGUUUUAAGGUGAAAUUCUAAUGUUAGGUUUGCCUGUAAUGAUCAUUGGUGCAGGUAGAGGUGGACUGCUGGAGCUCUUGUAAUUGUGUAAAUUUAUGUUUUCCUCCCCGUUGGUUCUGUUCUUGCUGUUGCUGUUAUUAGUUUUUGUUCUUUGUAGUUUAGGUUCAUUAUUGUGCUUAGAUGUUUUGUUAUUCCCCUGGACUACCUGCUCAUCUGUGUUAAUUAGCCACCUUCCUGCAGUUGUCCUGCAUUCUUGCUCCUCACCAGCUGCUCCAGAUUUCUCCUGAUUAGCUCCCAUUGCUCAUUGGUCUAUUCUCCACCCCACCUCUGUAUUAAUACCCUCUGGUUUUCAUUGUUCAUCACUAGUUCCUCUUGGUUACUACCUGCUCCAUGUCCUUUACCUUGACUUCCCUGUUUUUACCCGCUCUAUGUCUGGAUACCUGCCUGCAGGCGUGUAGUUAGACCCGGGCUUCCGGGGCGGAAACCCGGGAUAUUUUCUGAAUAGCCCCGGACUUCUUGAUAGAAGAAAUUUAGAAGUAUUAAAAAGAUGCAGCCACAAAAUGGUAUUGGACUUCACAUUUUUAUUUAAAAACAAUCUGAUUUUUUCAAUUGUGUUCCAUAUAAUCACCUCCCGCUCCACCUAACAAGACGAUGAGUUAAAAGGAGAAGACAAAACAUAGUUAUUUGCGCACUCGCAGCCCCACGAAUGCGCAACUACGCGCACAAGUAGAGACGGACUCUAUUCUGGAGAAGCCCAGAACAGCAGUUUACUCCAGGUCGACCUGCCUCCUUCAUUACCUGAAAAGUUACACUGAGCGCCUCAAACAGGACUCAUUUUAGAGCAACCUCGGAGCCAACCAGAGAGGGAGGCUGGUGGGUGGGUGUGUUCAGGAACAGGUGGACGCCGAGCGGUAUAACCCAGACGAAGAUAGCGGUAAAACCUGAAUGUUGACUCAGAAUGGGCUAAUUGUAAGUUACAGAUAAUCACUGAUUCACCCAGCAAGACAUGAGGUGGAGGUUCACUCUCAUCAGGGUCAUGAUGAGGAACUUUCACCUGAGCUACAGGUAAAGUUAAAUGAUGUGGCUGUGAUAGAAAAGAGCAGCAAUAUUCUCUGUGAAUAUCUGGUCUUUUACUUAAGUCAAAAUAAAAGCAUUUAAUCGUAAGUCUAGUCUGUUCUCCAGCAAACAUCAAGCAAUAAACUCUGAAGAUUUAUUUUAAAAAAUUUUCAUAUAUAAAUGAAGGAUCUCUUCACAGCUGGAGGUUUGGAGUGUAUAAUUAUUAACCCACUCUAACAAAGGCUUUUAGUGUUAUCCUGAAAGCUGGCAGGGUUUCUGCCUCUCAUCCUUCUUUUAGAUGCUUAAGUAACAAAAAGCAGCUUAAAAUUCCUAAAAAUCGUGGGAUUGUUUAUAAUAUGCUCAGUGAUAUUUUCCAUGCUUCAGCCAUUUGGACAGAUUAGUGCUGUGUGUUCAAUAUUUGCAAUUAAAAGUCCCAAUGACUGAAGAUCCUCUGACAAUGGGAUAUACACUGCCAUUGUUCCCAAGAUGGGGAAUUUACACAUAUCUUCAACAAAUAGUAAUCAUUUUCUGGCAAAUAAGUAAAUUCAUUAAGAAGACUGGUUUGCUCACCCCUCAGUGGAGACUAGUCAGCUCAAAACUCAAAAAUCUAACGAACCACACUAAGUCCUACCAGGGAGUGCUUACAAUGACACUCUUCAGGUUGGAUGCUUUUACUGAGUGAAGACUCAGUGUUGGCUGUUUAAAAUGAAGUCAGGAAAAGCACAGAGAUGUUGAAAAACACCAUUGCUGUUGUAUAUUUAGGCUGAGUUCAGGUAAGAAUCACUUAAUGAGUUUGUUAGCUUGUGACCUUUUCUGGUGGUUCGAUUUCUUUUCACACAAAGAAAACUCCAAGCAAACCAAAACCUGUGUGACUGGGUGAAGGUGGCUCUAGUGUAGAGUGCUUUGACUGGUCAGUGUGACUGGAAAAGUGCUUUAUAAACUGUAAUGUAAAAAUUUAAAUUGCUUUUGUGCUUCUGAGGUGAUGACCAAGUUUGAAAUGACAAUACCUUUCACCUUCCUUUCUGCCCCCUCUGGGUGGUCUUCCCAAGGCAUUUACAAGCUGAAGGGAAAUGUGUCUGAACACAAAAGGUGUUUUGUCUCUCCUCCUGUCCCUGGAACCCCUACUGGUCCAACAAACAAUCAGUCGCAGAGGAGCCGAGAUGUCUGCGAGAAAGUUAGGUUGAUUUCUCACCUCUGUUUCUCCUAGAGGGGGGGUGUCAGGACCAGACUGAUAUAAGGAGGGGUCAGCUCUUGUCUCAUCAGAUUUGGUCUCGGCUCUGUUCAGUAACACGUCUGAUGUUGAAAGAUCUG